GAGGCGGAGCAGGGCGGUGCGGGGUGGCGUAGCGCUGGAGGGCAAUGGUGGCGGAGCUGCUGGGGGCGGAGGCAACGUAGCCCCCGCGGAAAAGGAGCCCCGCGGCGCCUGAGCCGAGCGGAGGAUGGAGAACCGGCCUGGGUCCUUCCAGUACGUCCCUGUGCAGCUGCAAGGGGGGGCGCCCUGGGGCUUCACCCUUAAAGGGGGUCUGGAACACUGCGAACCGCUCACGGUGUCGAAGAUUGAAGAUGGGGGCAAGGCAGCCUUGUCCCAGAAGAUGAGGACUGGUGAUGAGCUGGUGAAUAUCAAUGGCACUCCAUUGUAUGGCUCCCGCCAAGAGGCCCUCAUCCUCAUCAAAGGCUCCUUCAGGAUCCUCAAGCUGAUUGUCAGGAGGAGAAACGCCCCUGUCAGUAGGCCGCACUCAUGGCAUGUGGCCAAGCUGCUGGAGGGAUGCCCUGAAGCGGCUACCACCAUGCAUGUCCCUUCUGAAGCCUUCAGUUUGUCCUGGCAUUCCGGCUGCAACACAAGUGACGUGUGUGUGCAGUGGUGUCCACUCUCCCGGCACUGCAGCACUGAGAAAAGCAGCUCCAUUGGCAGCAUGGAGAGCCUGGAGCAACCAGGCCAAGCCACCUAUGAGGGUCACCUCUUGCCCAUUGACCAGAACAUGUACCCUAACCAGCGUGACUCAGCCUACAGCUCCUUCUCGGCCAGCUCAAAUGCCUCUGACUGUGCCCUUUCCCUUAGGCCAGAGGAGCCAGCCUCUACAGACUGCAUCAUGCAAGGCCCAGGGUUAACUAAGACCCCUAAUGGCAGACCUAAUGUGGCGGAGACCUCAGGAGGUAGCCGGCGCACCAGUGGGGGCCAGCUGACUUCCAGCUCCCAGAUGUCAUCCCGCCCACAGGAGGUCCACCACUCAGGGCCUGCCAAGGCUGCCAAGGGCCCACCACAACCUCCAGUGAGACGAGACAAUCUUCAGACCUCCAGAGCCCAACUCCUCAAUGGAGAGCAGCGCAGGGCUUCUGAGCCUAUGGGCUCUUUGCAACAGAAGGAGAAACCAAGCUUAGACACUGAGCUAUGCCCAAGGAACCCUCACAGAGUCUGCUGCCUCAGUGGGCAAGACCAAGUGACCAAUGAGGGCCAUCAGAACUGUGAGCUCAGCCAACCUCCUGAAUCCAAUCAACAGGGCUCUGAGCACUUACUUAUGGAAGCCUCGAGCAAAGCUGCUGGAUUCCAAAAAUCAUAUGAUUCCAGCCCACACAGCAAGGCUUCAGCAGAGAUAGCUAAGACUUCUUCUUUUGGCAGCCCUUCACGCCUCACAGGACCCACAGGCCAUCGCCAUAGUGCCCCUGAACAGCUGCUGGCAUCCCACUUGCAGCAUGUGCACCUUGAUACUAGGAGUAGCCAGGGGAUGGAGCUCCCAACUGGACAGGAUGGGCAUGAGUGGACUCUGUCCCCAUUGCAUAACAGCCACACAGGGAAGAAAAGUCCAUGUCCCCCUAUAGGAGGAACCCAGGACCAGCCCAGCAAAGAGAGAAAGACCAGGCCAGUGGAUGAUAGGUCUAUGGGCUCAGGACACCAGAGGCCAAGCAGCUCCCCUCAUGAAGAAGCUGAUGGACAUCCUCCAGAAAGACGUUUUCAGGACCCAAACAGAGUAAGCAGAGCAGGCAAUGAAUUGCCCAACCAGCAGCCCUCUGCCUCUGGAUCUCUUGUUCAACAAACCAGGGACUGUUCUUCAACCACUAAAGUAGCUGGCACCACAGAGGCAACUGAAGAAGGGGACAACAAGCCCAAGGAGUGUAGCCGGGUGGGUGGUAGGCGAAAUGGAGGGACCCGGGGACGCUCAAUCCAAAACCGACGGAAGAGUGAGCGUUUUGCUACCAACCUGCGGAAUGAAAUUCAGAGGAGGAAGGCCCAGCUCCAUAAAAGCAAGAGUCCCUUAUCACAGCUGUGUGACACUAAGGAGCAAGUGGAAGAGGCCGAGGAGCCCCUGGAAAGUCCUCUACUUCCUGCCUCUAAUUCACCUUUGUUACCUUCAUAUGAAAAACCACCUAGCCCCAGAGAUAAGCUCUUUAACAAGAACAUGAUGCUUAGGGCUAGGUCUUCAGAGUGCCUAAGCCAUGCCCCUGAGAGCCAUGAAUCUAGGAUAGGCUUGGAGGGCCGAAUGAGCCCUAGCCAGAGGCCUGGCCAGUCCUCCUUGGGUCUGAACACCUGGUGGAAAGCAUCUGAUUCAUCCUCUUCAGACUCUGAGAAAACAAGUGUUCACCGCGGAGUCUGUGGAGGUCAUUGGAGAUGGUCUCCAGAGCACAACCUGCAGCCGCAUGUGGCACUAGCCACAGAAAGCUCUUCCAGCCCAGGAGAUAACAAGGAAUUGAAGGCUUCUACUGCCCAAGCUGGGGAGGAAGCUAUCCUCUUGCCCUUUGCAGACAGAAGAAAGUUUUUUGAAGAGAAUAGCAAAUCCCUCUCUACAUCUCAUUUGCCAGGUUUAACCACUCAUAGUAAUAAAACUUUUACCCAGAGACCAAAACCUAUAGACCAAAAUUUCCAGCCAAAGAGCUCCAGCUAUAGGGAAUUGAGGCGCCAUCCCAUGGACCAAUCAUAUCAUUCCACAGACCAACCAUAUCAUGCCACAGACCAAUCAUAUCAUUUCAUGUCAUCCCUUCAGUCAGAAACUCCUACUUACUCGGAAUGUUUUGUAAGCAAAGGUCUAGAACAAUCCAUGUGUUGUAAGCCACUGCACUGUGGUGAUUUUGAUUACCACAGGACCUGCUCUUACUCCUGCAGUGUCCAGGGAGCUGUAGUACAUGACCCUUGCAUUUAUUGUUCUGGGGAAAUCUGCCCUGCUUUGCGAAAGAGAAAUAUGAUGCCAAACUGCUACAACUGUCGGUGCCACCACCACCAAUGCAUUCGGUGUUCAGCUUGCUAUCAUAAUCCCCAGCACAGUACCCUGGAGGACAGCAGCUUGGCACCUGGCAACGCUUGGAAACCCAGGAAGCCAACAGUGCAGGAAUUUCCUGGGGACAAAUGGAAACCAGUAACAGGAAACAGGAAGACCAGCCAGUCAGGGAGGGAAAUGGCUCAUUCCAAGGCUGACUUUUCAUGGGCAACUCCCUUCCAUCCUUGCCUUGAGAACCCAACAUUGGACUUAUCAAGCUACCGAGCAAUCUCUUCUCUUGACCUCCUUGGAGAUUUCAAGCACUCCUCGAAAAAAACAGAGGAAACUUCAGUUUAUGAGGAGGAGAGCUCCAUGGCCUCCAUGCCCCACCCACUGCGCAGCCGUGCCUUCUCAGAGAGCCAUAUCAGCUUGGAUCCCCAGAGUUCCCGGGCCUGGGGGCAGCCUAGGAAGGAGCUCUUUACCAAAGUUGAUGAAACCCAGCUAGAUCCUUUGGGAACCAGGAAGAAGGCCUUUCCUCCUCCUCGUCCUCCUCCUCCCAACUGGGAGAAGUAUAGGCUCUUCCGUGCAGCCCAGCAGCAGCAACAGCAGCAGAAGCAGCAACAGCAGCAGCAAGAGGAAGAGGGGGAGGAGGAGGAAGAGGAAGAGGAGGAGGGGAUAGAAGAGGAUGAGGAGGAAGAGGAGGAGGGAGGCGAGGAGGAGGAGUUGCCACCCCAGUAUUUCAGUUCAGAAACCACUGGUUCCUGUGCUCUCAAUACUGAGGAAGUCCUGGAGCAGCCACAACCCCUGGGCUUCGGUCACCUGGAGGUCUCAAGGCAGGGUACACAAAGCCUCCCAGCAGAGCAAGAGUCUUUUACUCUCCAUUCCAAUGACUACAUGCCUCCAAUAAGGGGCCACUUGGGAUCUCAGCCGGAGAAGGCUCAGCCCCCUUGCUAUUAUGGCAUUGGUGGACUUUGGAGGACAUCGGAGCAGGAGACCACUGAUCCCUCCAAGCAAGAAUUUCAGCACUUCUCGCCUCCUCAAGGGGCCCCAGGGAUUUCUACCUCUUACUCAGCUUAUUACAAUAUUUCUGUGGCCAAAGCAGAGCUGUUGAACAAGUUGAAAGACCAACCCGAAAUGGCAGAGAUUGGCCUAGGAGAGGAGGAAGUAGACAAUGAACUGGCUCAAAAAAAGAUACAGCUUAUUGAAAGCAUUGGCAGAAAACUUUCUGUCCUACGGGAGGCCCAGCGAGGAUUGCUGGAGGACAUCAAUGCCAAUUCUGCCCUUGGGGAAGAGGUGGAGGCCAACCUAAAAGCUGUCUGCAAGUCCAAUGAGUUUGAAAAAUAUCGUUUGUUUAUUGGGGACCUGGAUAAAGUUGUCAACCUGUUGCUGUCACUCUCUGGACGACUGGCCCGGGUAGAAAAUGCUCUCAACAGCAUUGAUUCAGAAGCUGACCAGGAGAAGUUGGUGCUGAUGGAGAAGAAGCAGCAGCUGACAGGGCAGUUGGCAGAUGCCAAGGAGCUGAAGGAGCACAUGGACCGGAGGGAGAAGUUGGUGUUUGGCAUGGUCUCCCGCUACCUGCCUCAGGACCAGCUCCAAGAUUAUCAGCACUUUGUGAAGAUGAAAUCUGCUCUCAUCAUUGAACAGCGAGAGCUAGAAGAGAAGAUCAAGCUUGGGGAAGAGCAGCUCAAAUGUCUCAGGGAGAGCCUACUCCUGGGGCCUAGCAAUUUCUAAUUCUGCCAGCAGACU